AUGCUUAUCCCGCUCAGCAAGCACGCCAUCCGUGCUCGAGGAAUUCAAGGGCAUUUCAAAUCGCUUGGAUUGAUCGGCAAACGAGGGAUCACCUCCACCGAUCCCAAAUCAGCAAUCCCCUUGUCAAACAAAGAAACGGCCCUUCUCACUCCAAUACUUCCCCCCAAGAUCCCGGCUGUGUUACAUCUCAAAACCGGUCAGAGCUAUGCCGGCCAUAAUUUCGGAGGAACGAAUAGCAAGUUUGGUGAAACUGUUUUUAGUACCAGUAUCACUAGUUACACCGAUUCCAUGACGGACCCUUCUUACCUCGGUCAAAUCCUUGUCUUCACUUCCCCCAUGAUCGGCAACUACGGAGUUCCCUCAAACUCAUCUACCGCUUUUCCAGGUCUACCAUUCCUAGAAUCUGACAAGAUACAAUGUACCGGUGUAGUAGUAUCUGACGUUGCACUCAAAUACUCUCAUUAUCAAGCCGUGGAAAGUUUACACGAAUGGUGUGCAAGAUACGAUAUCCCAGGUAUCACCGGUGUCGAUACCCGAGCUAUCACAUCUCUUCUUCGAGAUCAAGGGACAACUCUAGGUCAAUUAGCAAUAGGAGAUGAUACUUUAAAACCACCACCUUCAACAGAAGAAUAUUGGGAUCCAUCAAAAGAAAAUUUAAUCGCACUAGUUUCCACACCUAAACCUUACACAUUGAACAUUAAUGGUAAAGGUCCCAAAAUCGCAGUUUUAGAUUUCGGUUCAAAAGCUAAUAUCCUUCGUUCUUUAGUUAAACGUGAUGCUGUGGUCACUGUCCUUCCAUGGGAUUACGAUUUCAAUUCUGUUCGGGAUUCUUUCGAUGGUUUGUUUUUAAGUAAUGGACCAGGUGAUCCUAAGAUGAUCAUGGAUACAGCAGCUAGGGUAAGGAAGACUAUCGAUGAGUGGGAUAAACCUAUUUUCGGGAUUUGUAUGGGACAUCAGAUUUUAGGUUUGGCGGCUGGGAUGGAAGCUUAUAGAAUGACAUUUGGUAAUAGGGGACAUAAUCAACCUGUUUUGGCUUUGGCAAGUUCGGGUAGUAUCAAAGCUGGAAGGGUGUAUGUGACUUCACAAAACCAUCAAUAUGCUCUGAAACUUACCGAAGAUUUCCCAGACGGUUGGGCACCUUUCUUCAUCAACUGUAACGAUUCAAGUGUGGAAGGUAUCAUCUCAACUCCAGAAUCCGGGAAGAGGAUCUGGGGAGUUCAAUUCCAUCCUGAAUCGGCGGGUGGACCAUUGGAUACCAUCGAAAUGUUUACAGAUUUCGUCAAUGAAUGUCAAGGCGGAAAAGCAGCGUCGAAACAUACCAUGAUCCCCGGUCAAGUCAUGGGAGGGGCCGAGACCGUUGCCGUGGUCGGAGGGAAGGUUUGA